AAAAUGGGCGAAAUGUGGAACAAACCGUAUAUGGGAAUAAUAAUAUCUUUUAUGUUGGCCAGCUGUGGAAUGGCCAUACCGACCGAGUUGACCAGAUACUCACAGUUGGGACAAGGUCCCUUAACGGAGGCCAAUAACAGCGUAGUGAGCACCACCAAUCAACUGGGUUUGCAAGCGGACACAUCGUCUGUAGCUCCGGACUUUGAAUACGCCCUUCUGGGUGAGGAUCCCCAGGAUCAGCAGUGGUUUCGUGUCAGCCUCACACCGAAAACCAACAAAACGGGCUACCGGGCACAGUUCGCCACCCGGAAGCAUCCGCCCUUCGAUUCGCAGGUUGCCCAUCGUCAUGAUAAGACCAUUCAGGAUCUGCUCAACUGGCUGGACCGUUCCGAGGAUCAGAGUCUGUGGAAAGUUUAUCGUGAUCUUUUGGCCUACACACCGCAGGCAGAGUCAUCGCAGGAGUUCGAGCCUCAUGGCAACGAAAUUGAGAAAGAGGAAAAGGUGCCGAGGAAGCAGGGAUGCCCGAGGCACAAUCAUCGGCUGCUCCUCGUCGGAGAUGAGGGCACCAGCACUACAAAAUUACCACCAACAAGCAAAAGUCAACGGCAAUCGGAAAGCAACAUGGUCUAUUUUAUAAAGGGGCUUAAGUGA